UGUUGAGAGGGUUUUUUGUUUACCUCUUUUUCUAAAACAUAACCAAAUAAAUACUUGUAAAUACUUUUAUUUCUUACUUUCAUUGUUUUAAAGCCAUGGGUGAUAAGUGUUAGUUAUUAAAAGUUAGUUGUAGGAUUUAGUUAAGAGUAUGGCUUCGUCAAUAAGUAUAUUAUCUUAGUCUCCUGGAUUGCAGUACUCUGCGUAAAAGUAGUUGAAAGGCGAUGGCCGAGGAACCACUGAAGCUUUACUGGGACCACUUCUUCAAAGCGGAGACCGGCACUUAUGAGAAAUCAACGUGGUUGGACCUGUUCUUAGCCGAGUUCCUUCUCAGACUGAAUGGCGGCGCUAAUCCAAAGGAACUCAUCAAUUUUUGUCCCGUGAGCGGAGUGGUGACACUAGUGGGUUGUGAGUUGCUUUGCGGGAUCCACCGCGUGACGUCUUCGUUGAGCGCGCACAGUUCACCCAAAGAAAAUGAUGUUACAGCACCAGUUGAAGAAAAAGAAGAUCGUCCUACAAGCCUGUUCACAAAGGCCAACUCACAAUCGACCGGAGAAGUGCUGCGCAAGUACUUAUUGGGAGGCGUGGCAUGGCGCUGUCUGGCGCUGCUCAGAGCAUUAGGAGUCGAGGGCCUCUCAUGCUGUCGCCAACUCAGCUCCGUGCUCAUCUGGCUGUUCGGCGAGCUGAGCGCGGGCGCGUCCACUCCGGCGCAGCCGCGCCCGCGCGGCCGAAGAGCGCCCAUACACCAACUAUUUUCUAAUAGGAUAUGGUCCAAACAAAAGCCUGCUGGCAGUCCGGCAUCAAAAAUGAACAACACUGUAGUGUCCGAACGGAGUACGACUGGACGAUCGAGACACGUAAGCCAAAGUAAAGACGCCGAUGUCAAAACGAAAAGGAAAACGCUUAAGCAAGAGCUUUCUUCUGAGUCCGCUGACUCCAACGAUGACUUGCAGGUUCUAAACCGGUCGCUCGCCAUCAAAGUUUCUUCUCCCGACGAUUUCGAGUACUUCAACUCGCCCCUAAAGUCUUCCAAUGAGUACGCCAAUGAACUUUACAGUGACCCUUUUCAUUCGCCAAAGAAAACAAAACCAAAACCAGAUGAUUAUAUGACCGAAAAGCAUAGAGAAGUUAUAAAUUCUGAGAUAUCCGCGUUUGAAUUCAUCCUCAUGAUCACGGAUUUACUACAGGAACUGUGUAAAGCUGAAAGCAGCCUGUCGGGUUCUGAAGGUUCACAAAUAUCAAUGCAGUGUAUAAAUUUCUCAUUAAAAAACCUAUGCUCUCUACAAUUUGGUUCGCUUCCCGCUUGUUCAAAGAGCGCGGACGAAGUCUCCCACAUAAAAGUCGCCCUGACAGAACUACUAAUCGUCUCUUUAGACAAAGUUCUCAUCCGGUCUGACCUGUGUGCCAAACUAAUAAACAAUGGCAUACUACCGAUGCUGCUAAGAAUAUUAGAGGACGUAAUCUGCAAAUCUAGUUCUAAGUACCAUAAGAAGUCUGAUGAGAAUCUCGUCGAUGAUACUUUAACAGAGGCUCAGUCUGACUAUAUGCUUAGAUUCGUUUUCGGCAUAGCGUAUUCUAUCACAGCUUUCUUCCACUGUCUUCUUAUGCAGUGUCGCAGCCUGGACAAUUUAAGGGAAUUCACCGACCAGUUCAAGUUGUACGGGGAGUGUCUCAAAGGCGGUCUACUCAAAGAAUGCGUUGAGUUGAUGAUCAGGAUACGUGGCGUGGAUUACGACGAGACCGUCACGCUUAUCAAGAAGCUGUUAGAGUCUGUGGGGAAGCUGAUAAACGGAAUGAAGAGGGUGCGGAGUGAGGUUGUGCAUUCUGCAGCUUGCCCCCGUACUAGACAUAAGGUCUGCCGUGCGCGGGUCGCGGCGGGCAUGCAUCAUCACCAUGACAUUCUAGGCGAGCCCAGCACAGAUCUUCCCUUAUCGUCCACUUGUUGCGUAUCAGUUCUAUACGGUACACUGGCUUGCUUGUUAACGGACGAGGAAGUAUCAGCUCAGGCCCCGCUCAGACAUAAACUACUGCGUGUUAUGUUAAACUGUGGCGUCUGCUGUUGCUUUUCACCUGGACUGCUAAUGGAAAACAUUGUCCGAUUGAUGUUAACGCACGACUCGGUCGCUUCGAAAUGUCUCCAAGUUUUAGAACAUACUGUGUACGGGGAUUUGGGAGCGAGCGUGCUGAUACCGAAGGUCACAGAUCAACUCCCUUGUUCUAUUUGCGAGCCGAGCGAUGACAAAAGGUUCGCCAAGAAACACUGCCUCCAUUCCGUUAGCCCGGUCGAUCGGAAGAGUGUAUGGUCGUUCUUGAUCCACUACAACUCUUUACUACAGCUGGAUAAUCAUAACAAUGUGUUGCAUGCGACGGUGUCCCAUUUGCUUCGAGUGACACCAAAGUGUCGGUUAGAAAUGAAGCACGAGUUACUCUUCAGCGUGAUAUACCCGACUUUCAUAGUCGCCAAACAUAGAUACAUUAUUAGAAUGGAGGACUCGGCCUAUUUCCUGACCGUAUCGUGUCUAAAUAUCUUUUCCAGUCUACUAAACACGGUUUCGUUUGCCGAUCAGUUCAUUCAAAAAGGUGGCCUUAGUUACGUAUUGGAACUCGUCUCCCUACCAGAAUUUUCAAACCAGUGUUGUUCCAUACUCGAAAUAGCUAUUACCGUUGAAAUAUUUAAAUUGAUCAAAGAGAAUACAAACACGAAUUAUUACAGAGAAAUGAGCUCUCUAGCAUCUAUACAAAUGCUAUUCAAGUCUCUGUCAGAAACUACCCAGAGAUGCUUCAAAAUUUACCGCCUUAAACUGCCAGAAGAAAAAUUCGAUGAGCUUUCUGAUGUCACGGAAGAGAAGAAACAGCUAUUAUUCAUAGAGAAACGCCGUGACUCGUCACAAAUAAGAAAAGUGUCGAUCUCUAUGCCGAAAGCAAUUAAAACGAACUUCGCUGCGAGUGAGAAUGUAAUAGAAGAAUCUAUAGACGAUUACUUAGAGGCUUUGAAGAAUGCAUGGACUUUCUGGAAAUCAUGCGCGGCACUGUGUCUUUAUAGUCCCGUGUUCAGACAAUACGUGGUCGACGAGGAUGUGUUCUUGGACAGUUUUGCGCUGCUACGAGUGUUGUUGUAUUUCGUGAGGAACUGCGAGAUCGCGCCGGUGGAGAUGAGGCUGCUCAUUAAGAUCGUGGAGGCCUUGCUGACGGUGCAAUUUGCCGUGUCAGACGUAACAUCCGACCGUUCAAAAGAGGCCAGCUGCGCUGUGGUCCGAGCGGCGCUGCACAACGCGGACACUGACGGCAGCGCGGCGCUGCGAGCGCUAUGCGAGGCGCUAGUGCGCGUCGCUGUUGCUGAACCAAGCGCUGCGCACGCCAUGCCGCCGCCUCCACCGCAAGCAAAGGUACCGCCCCUCCUCUGUCCCUCCGGCAACAGCUCCGUGGAAGGCUCCUCUAGCGAGGAGAGCGUUGCAGUGCCCUACGCCUCCGAGCACAGCGAGCCUUACUACCGCGCCGACGAGGGGUACGAGGCAGACGUGGAAGUAGGCAAAUUUGACCUGCUAUCAACACACAAAUCACGCAAGGUGUCAGAAUCGUUGUCUUCUCUGAGCAGCGCUAUUGGUACAGAGCCUGCUUUGGGGGCAGCAUGCUCUCAGUAUGCGGAAAGCGGGCGACUAGCGCACCCCGAGCUAUGCGUGAUCGUGCUAGACAUACUCACGGACCUAAUACACAAACUAGUAUCGGAACCCGACGGGCAAGACGGCGCGCGCGCGUCGGGCGCGUGUUUAGCACGCGCGUGCUGCACGCGCCUCGCCGCCGCGCUGGGCCGGGCUCGGGCACCACCCCCGCCGCUACUGGGGCGGCUGCUGGGCCCCAAGACCGCCGCCUUACUGGAGUUGAAUGAUCCUGAUCUUGCAGAGCUUCAGCGUAGCAUAUUAGAGCUAAUCCACGUGGUGGCCAUGCGGUCGAUAAGCGCCUCAGAGCUUGCGUUGCUGCUGCGGCUGUGUGCGCGGCGUGCGGCGCUGCCGGCGCUGUUGCCAGCGCUGCUCCGGCUGGCCGGGGACGCGGAGCCUGCGCCGCUUGCCGUGCUCGCCUUCCCCGUCACACAGGCUACAGAUGCCGGGCCCUUGGGGCGUAAGGACGGGUUCGAGGACGUGAGCGCUCCGGCGCACUGCGCACACGCAGAAGCGGCGGCGCGGGGCCUCCGAGAGGCUCACCUCAAGGCCGGGUUGAACUCGGCAUGGGCGCUGCACGCGGCGCGCUGCGGCGCGGAGGGCGCAGGCUGGGCGCCGUGGCUACAGGGCUUCGCUCUCACUACUUGGCUACGUCGUCAUCCGCCCUACGAACCAGCAAAUGAAUGUAAGGGCUCCGAGCGAUCGCUGGACGCGAUGGAAAAAGACUUAAACCCGGAACUACACGUCCUGACUAUUGGACACGACUCGCUCCUACUUGAGCUUUGGCUGCACACAGACUCCGGUGCGUUCACUCUACGCCUUUCGCGGCCCGAAACAUCAUGCUACAAAGUGCUAAGUGAGACCCGCGUGGACGCAGCCCUACCACCCGCGCAGUGGUGCUGUGUAGCCCUAAACGUUAAAGAGGUCGUGCAUAAGCGAAAAAUACACAUACAGGUGACACUUUACAUAGAUGGGUGCGAGUGUGAAACUGUGUCACUGCCUUUACAAGGCAUCCUGGUCCGCAAAGUGAUCCCAACGUACCUACUAAUCGGUCACUCGGCCGCGGCCCCCGGCGUCUACCACAUUUCGGGGUGCUGCGUGUACCGCGCGCCCGUGCUCGGCGCCGCCGCCGCGCUGCACGCCGCCGCGCACGAGCCCGCGCCGCACCCGCACCUCAAGUGCAAGGUCGAUAAUGAAAUUCCAAACUACUCAAGACUUUUGACUCCGAACGUGCUCGACUCAAACAUAGAUUGGGAUCAGGUAUACGAUAUGUCCGGAGCGGCACUUCGUGAGCUGAACGAGAAUCUGUUGUUGUCCUUCAGCGCACACGCACCUAAUAUAGUCAAUCUCUACCACCAGACGACGCCAUUACCCACAGUAUUUUCGACUCGCAACCCGGGUCCGAAGCCAAUGGCUGGUGCCUGUGUCCCCGAGCCGCUAGCAUGCACUUGGAACGUGCGCUGGAAAGUGUCCGGGCACUGCGGCAUCGCGCCCGCAGUCUACAUGCUGGGCGGGCCGUCCGUGCUGCUGUAUCUCUUCGCCAGGGUAGUAGAAAUGGAGGCGAGCGCGGAAGAACAAGCGAUGGCAUUGGGAAUAGUCCUUCGCGUAUGCCGCGCUGACAACAGGCUACGGUCGGCAUUGCACGGCGCUGACGGCUUGGAACUGUUGCUGCGAGUGUUCGGGACGCCGAAGUGCCGCCUCACGCGCCGAAUGCUGCAGGUAAAGACAGAAGAACAAGCGAUGGCAUUGGGAAUAGUCCUUCGCAUAUGCCGCGCUGACAACAGGCUACGGUCGGCAUUGCACGACGCUGACGGCUUGGAACUGUUGUUGCGAGUGUUCGGGAUGCCGAAGUGCCGCCUCACGCGCCGAAUGCUGCAGGUGAUCUUAGAGGAAGCCUGCACUAGCCGCGUGUUGACUUCCACUGGAGCCGGAUUGGUGGUCAGCGGUGCUGACGCGGUGGUGCGCGAGCCGGCGUUACUAGCGCUACUAGUGCAAGCCAGCCGCCAUCUUGACACGGAGGAGGAACUGGAAUGGGAAGUGGAGGGCGAGCGCAUGCGCGGCUCUCUCUGGGCGCUGACGCUGUGCUGCAUACGCUCGCUGCUAGAAGACGCGGCCGCGCGGCGGUGGCGCGCCUUCAACCAGCAGCAACUACACCGGCACCAUCUACUACGGUUGUUACUGGCUGCUUGCAAGGAACGUUUCCUGAACUCAGAGGACAAUCCGAGCCGCAGCCCGGACGCGGCGGGCGCCUGCCUCGUGGGGGUGGUGGGCGGCCUGCUUGGAGCGCCGCCACUCCCCUGCCAUCUGGCGGAGCUGUGCGACUUCCUACUACUGAUGCACCAGGCUAGCGACACAUUUGUGACGCAUUCGCGGGCGAACUUCUACUUCCUCCUAACGGCCGACACCCAAGACACCAGCGAGUUCAUGGUGAAGGCGCGGCGGCGCGACCCGGAGCCCGAGAUCACCAACAGCGGGAGUCUGCGAGAGGAGGACAGCAAGCUGAUGAAGGGUAUCAUCAACAUGCAGAUCAAGGAGGGCAGGAAACACAAUAUCUCAUCCACAUCAGAGAAUUCGGAUUUAAAUAUUGAAAUGAGCGGCGACAUGAUAGACCCCGUCGUGGAAAACGAGGGCGGGCCCGACGACGCGCUCAGCGGGUACAUAGUCGUCGACGUGGACGAUGUAGCACACACGACCGUCGAGAUGUACUCCAGUGGCAUUUACCACGAGAAACGAGUCCGCGCUGGCGCCGCUCCGGGCUGGACGGCGUGCGAGGGUCUACUGCUUCUUCUGCGAGACGCCAUAUUACUGCUCUCCGAACACGACUUAGCACAGGCGAUGCAAGGCGCUAUACAACCCGAGGCGCUGGUCGUGCUGGCCAACCACCGCGACGCUGGUGUGCGCGCAGCUGUCCUGCGUGUCGUCGGCGCGCUGCAGCGCCGCGGCGUGCCCGCGCUGCAGCCGCGCACGCCGCAGAAGACGUACCUCUACCGACAUCUAGCCAAUCAGAUAGCCUUGUAUCCGAGCUCAAUAGAGCUAGCGGCAGCGUGUGCCGCCCUUGUCACCAAGUGCGACGUGCCGUUAGAAGACCAGCUCGAGGACGACAUCUGGGUGGACGUUUCUCCCGAAAUGCUACACUGCGCAGCUCCGCUCUUAGCAACGCUGCCAGCCUGCCUACAUGAUCCACCGCUUGCGCAUAACGUGUCUCUACUCGUCCGCCGCAUUAUCGACAAGGGUUCCCUGAAGCUGCUUUCCGAAAUGAGCGUAGCCGAGGUGUCCGUGCGCUGUAUACGCGACCUGGGCGCGACCGCGGAGUUCAACGGACGGGCGCUACUGCUGUCCGACAUGGGGGCGCUACUCGCCAAGCUCGCGGUCAAGGCGCUCGAGUCGCACCACCACAUGCAGCUCAACAUACGCGUAGCCGAGGUGGCCGUGCGCUGUAUAAGCGGCCUGGGCGCGACUGCGGAGUUCAACGGACGGGCGCUACUGCUGUCAGACAUGGGGGCGCUACUCGCCAAGCUCGCGGUCAAGGCGCUAGAGUCACACCACCACAUGCAGAUAAUCACCGAUAUGCAUCAUAUGCUGACAUAUGUGGAACUGACGGCCGACAGCGAGAACGUAUCGCGAGCCGCACGCGCUGCCCAGGUGUCGUUGUUCGUUGCACAACUCAACCACUUGGACAUAGCGAGCCGCGCGCGUCAGAAGCAUAACAACUACUUCACUAAUGUUCUCUCAUCAGCGGUGUCACUGGGUACAGAGGGGAUAUCCCAAACGGAACUGGAAGCUCGACAUUUAGCCACCGUCACUGCGGCGGUCAACUUCUUGCAGGCGCGCUCGCCCGUGCUGCCGCUCCACUCCGAGGGCGAGCUAGUGGAACAACUACUAGUCAUGCUUAUAGCCGCCGUGAGCGGGGGUCUCCCAACGCGGCGGGCGUGGUGGGCUGGCUCCGGCGGAGAUGGGUGGCUGCGGGCUCUACGAGAACUAGUAUGGUGGGUGGGUGCCCCAGCCCCGGGCGCACGCGCGCUUCAACCGCACCUACUGCGCGCACUGCACGCCGCUCCACACGUGGCCAGCAUGCUCAAGCCUCCACCACCUUGCAGAAAGUUGGCAGUGUACUUGCUCCUGAUGUUGCGUCACAUGCACGCGCUAGCCGACAACGGCGCCGCGGGCGUUGAACUCGCCAUCACAGACUGGGCGCGCGGCUGGUGCGUGGCGCUCCAAGAUGGGCUCGAGAACAGGCUCGGGGCGGCGCUGCAGGACGAGGCUGCUGCCCUGCUGAGGGUCGACGAGGAGCGCUGGGCCAAGACUGCCCACAACCACAACGCUAACAUUGGCAAAGUAAUCUUCAGCAAGGAGUCCCUAGCGGCGCGACUAACCGAGUCAGCAAUGGCAGCGACGCGAGCCGUAGUGGACGCGCAAAACGGAGAACGCAAAGCGUUCAUGGAAGUGCUCCGGCGCUCGCAGUCCUCUGGAGCCGUCGCCACGAGGCGCUGGCAGCGGCUGGCCGACCAUCUCACUCAUGAGCAAGCAUUAUGGCACGAGCCGGAAUCGUACCCCGUGUCCUGGGAGCUAGACGGCGCGGAGGCGCCGGGCCGCGUGCGCGUGCGCCUGCGCCGCGCCCAUCUCGCGCUCAAACCGCGCUUCCUCAAGCCCAGUCACCAGCACAAACCCGUACUGGCAGAAGCAGCUGCGUACAGCACAGUCCAUCUUCGCAGCAUCACGGGCGAUGCUGGAGGGUUCCGCGGGGGGCUAGUAGCUCGGCUCCAGCUACACGAGACCGUGGCGCACAUGGCGCGCGUCACGCUCGUCACCGUGGCGCGAGAGCGAGACGGCGAGCUGCUGCUCACCGACAGAUGCAUCCACUUCGUUCCGGACUCGCUAGGCGACGCGGAAGGCGAGGAAGCACUAAGCUGGGCGCUAGAAGACGUUCGUCAUGUCGCCACUCGACGGUGGUGCCUGCAAGAACGGGCCGCGGAACUCUUCCUAGCCGAGGGCAGGGCGUGGCUACUAGCGUUCGCGGGGAACGCAGAGCGGACCGCUUUCCUACAGCACACCGCCAAGCACUUACCCACUAGAAUGGAGCCCGAAACCCUAUCCGAGGCCAUGAACCAAUGGCGCAACGGCACCAUCACCAACUGGGAGUACCUCAUGAAGCUCAACGGCCUCGCGGGCCGCACCUACAACGACCUCAUGCAGUAUCCCGUCCUGCCGUUUGUGAUAGCCGACUAUAGUAGCAGGAUACUGGACCUUACCGACCCGGCCACGUUUAGAGACCUAAGUAAGCCCAUGGCCAUACAGAAUAAGAGCAGGGAGCAGCAUUAUAUCAACACAUACAAUGAUCUAAAAGCAGCCCGUCGAGAAGGUUGCGGCGCGCUAGCGUCCCGCGAGCCUCAUCACUACGCCUCGUUAUACUCGAACCCUGGUUGUGUGUUACACUACCUCGUGCGACUGCCCCCGUUUACACAACUGCUGCUGCACUACCAAGACAACAACUUCGACAUGCCGGACCGCACGUUCCACUCGUUGGCGACCACGUGGCGGCUCAUCACCAACGACUCGCCCACCGACGUGAAAGAGCUCAUUCCCGAACUGUACUACUUGCCCGAGCUGUUCCACAACGACGAAGGCUUGAAUCUCGGUGUGCGUCAAUGCGGCGCGUGCGUGGACGACGUGGAACUCCCAGCGUGGGCGGCCGACGCGCGCCUGUUCACGCUCGUCCACCGCCAGGCGCUAGAGGCGCCGCUGGUCACCGAGAGCCUGCCGCACUGGAUCGACCUCGUGUUCGGCUACAAGCAGACCGGCCAGGCCGCCAUCGACGCCGUCAACGUGUUCCCGCACUGCACCUACUACGGCUUUGACCCGGAGAUGUUGUCGGACGAGGUGGACCGCACGGCGGCGGCCGCCAUGGUGCGCACGUACGGCCAGGCGCCGCGCCAGCUGCUGCGCGCGCCGCACCCGCACCGCGCGUCCGACCUGGCGCCUACUACUGACAGACAGCCCCAAGUGUGGGCGGGGGUGGAAGGCGCCCGCUGGGGCCGCUACUGCGGCUCGCCCGCGCUCGGCUCGGCGCGGGUGGCGCUGCGGCGCGCGCUGGGCGGCGCCAGGCUGGCGGCGCUGCCCGAGCGCGCGCACGCCGCCGCCGCCGCGCCGCCGCACAACGCGCUGCUGGCGCUGCCUGCCGACCACGGCGACGUCUCGACCAACUCGUCGGGCGAUACCUGUCUAGCUCUGUUAUCGUGGGGCCACUCGGACGGCGUCGUGCGUCUCAAGCGACGCCGCGACGCGCCGCUCGAGCCCGUGCUGCGAGUAACCCCCCUCGACCAGAUCACAGCAGUGGCGACAUCGUGCACGUCAGCCUCGUGUCCGGUCGUCAUCGGGCACGCGUCCGGACGCGUGCUAGUGCUGCGGCCGCGGCGCGGCGGCGGCGCCGCUCUACGUGCACGCUCGCUCGCGCUGCACGCGCACGACGCGCACGUCACCGACGCCGCCGUGUGCGUGCCCGCCGGGCUGCUGGUCACCGCUAGUGUUGAUGGCAAGAUAGUGCUGUGGGACUUGAACAAGCUGACCUACAUCCGCACGCUCCCCAACCGCGACAUGCUGCCCGUGACGCACGUGGCGAUCAGCGAGACGCUGUGCGACGUCGCCAGCGUGCACGACGUCACGGCGCCGACGACCAGCGCGCCCACCGCCGACGACGACUCGUACGAGAAGGACGCGGAGAACUACAAGUCGCUGAUACGCGUGCAUACGGUCAACGGGAGGUUUGUUGGUAGUGUGAAAGUAGCAGAGCGAGUAACAUGCAUUUGCUACUCGAACGCGCCGGAAGGCGUCAGCGUGAACGCAAUAGCGUGCGGGGACCGUAGCGGCGCCGUGCGGUUCUACAGCGCGUGGGACCUGCGCCCGCUCGGCGUGCUGCCGGCCGCGCACACCGCACCCGCUGCACUAGGCGUAGUCAGCUUAACAUACAGCCUGGACAGCGAGAUCCUGUUCGGUUGCUACGCGGACGGCACUUGCGUGGCGUGGCACGGCGGCGGCGCGCGGCCCGCCGUGCAGCUGCUGCCCGCGCACGCGCUGUUCUGACGCUCGCUGCGCGCGCGCUGCUGCCUCGCGCCCGGCUAGCGGGGUCAAUGACCUCGACUAGUGUCGCAUCCUGCACAGGCUCUCGAUUGGUCAAUCACUGACUUGCACGACGUUAAGCGCGCGUAGCAAAACGUGACUUUACUUAUGUAUAGUUUUUCUGAUGCUCGAUGCGCUCAGUAAACACGCGUUAAAAACGGUAGCCCAGUAUUCGAGCUAAGACGGAAUUGUAAGCGCUCGUAGACAUUCUUGUGAAUGGCAACGGAUUGGUAUUGUUUCCUACAC